UUCUGUUGGUAAACUCGCAGCUGGGCUCGUCUGAAGGCUGCCGCGGAGAACCAGGUCUUAAGAUGGGGAACGGCUCGAUGAAAUCAAAGCGUUACAAACCUACCGACACCUCUGUUUCUACCCCUAACGGCCAAGCUCACAAAGACCACUGCGGCGCCUUCAAAAAUUCAUCCCUGGACUCCCUGAGAGCCCGCGUGGAGGAGCUGGAGCGAGAAGGAUGGCGGAAAGAUGAGGAGCUGUGUGACAAAGAGCAGCAGAUCAAAGGUCUUCAGGAGCAACUGGCCAAGCAGACCCGGGUUCUGUCCGAGCUCAGUGAGGAACUGCAGAACAAAUGCAUCCAGCUCAAUAAGCUGCAGGACGUUCUGAAGAGCGGCGCCCCGACUGGCUUCACAUCGCGGCCGCCUUCUGUCAGAGCCAGCGGAAAGAGCAGUCCCAAGCUAAGCAUCCGUAUCAAGGAGACCAUGAACAGAAGGAAAGGAGCUAAAGCCGGCGUGUCGGCAGAACCCACGUCCAGCAGUCUGCCCAAGUUCUCCUUUGAGAAGGCGCGGGUACCGAAGGAUGCAAGCGUAAAGAAGCUGCUGACAGACGCCCUGAACAAGAAUCAGUACCUGAAGCGUCUGGAGCUGCAGCAGAUCAAAGACAUGGUGGAGUGCAUGUAUGAAUGCAGCUACCAGCACGGCGAGUACGUCAUCAAGCAGGGAGAACCUGGGAACCAUCUGUUUGUCCUGGCAGAUGGGAAGCUGGAAGUGUUUCAGCAAAACAAGCUGCUCACAUCAAUAACGGUGUGGACCGCGUUUGGGGAGUUGGCCAUCCUGUACAACUGCACACGAACAGCAUCAGUCCGAGCGGUGAACAAAGUGAGGACGUGGGCUUUGGAUCGGGAGGCGUUCCAGAACAUUAUGAGGAGGACGGCUGAGACGCGGCACGAACAGUACCGCAACUUCCUGCGAAGUGUUUCACUCUUGGCUAAUCUACCCGACGACAAGCUAAGCAAAAUAGUCGACUGCCUGGAGGUGGAAUACUAUGACAAAGGAGAAUACGUCAUCCGACAGGGAGAGGAGGGCAGCACCUUCUACAUCAUCGCCCAGGGAAAGGUGAAGGUGACCCAAACCACAGAGGCCUACAAACUGCCACAGACCAUAAACACGCUGCAGAAGGGGGACUACUUUGGAGAAAAAGCACUCAUAAGUGAUGACGUCAGGUCAGCCAAUAUCAUUGCCGAUGAGAACGGGGUGGAGUGCCUUGUAAUCGACAGAGAGACAUUUGAUCAUACUGUGGGUAACUUCAAUGAGCUGCAGAAACACCUCGAAGGCUAUGUGGCGACACUUGAUCGGGACGACAAGAAGAGACAUGCAAAAAAGUCUGUGUCUCGGCACCAGAGCCAGCCGCUGUCAUCUGAUUUCGUCCAGCUGAAGGAAAUGUUGUCAGUCUUCUCUUCAUCCAGGCCCUUUGAUCACCUUGAAGUCGUCGCUACUCUGGGGGUUGGCGGGUUUGGACGUGUAGAACUGGUGAAGGUGAAGGGUGAAGACAUGACCUUUGCUCUGAAGAUGAUCAAAAAGAAGCAUGUUGUGGACAACAGGCAGGAAGAACACAUCCACUCGGAGAGGAGAAUCCUCGCUGAAGCUCGCUCGGCUUUCGUUGUCAAACUGUAUCGCACCUUCAGGGAUAAUAAAUAUGUCUACAUGCUGCUGGAGGCCUGUUUAGGUGGAGAGAUCUGGAGCCUCCUCAGAGACAGGGGAAGCUUCGAUGAGCCCACUGCCAAAUUCUGUGUCGGUUGUGUGACGGAGGCUUUUGAGUAUCUCCAUCGUAAGGGUGUCCUCUACAGAGAUCUGAAGCCUGAGAACCUGAUGCUGGAUUCAGAGGGAUACAUAAAGCUGGUUGACUUUGGUUUUGCCAAAAAGAUCCGAUCUGGCCAGAAGACUUGGACCUUCUGUGGCACCCCUGAGUACGUGGCCCCAGAGAUCAUACUCAACAAGGGCCACAACUUCAGCGUGGACUUCUGGGCCCUCGGCAUCCUGGUGUUUGAGCUGCUAACUGGGAGUCCCCCGUUCUCAGGAAGCGACCAGAUGAUGACGUAUACGUUCAUCUUGAAGGGAAUAGAGAAGAUGGAUUUCCCCAAGAAGAUCACCAGAAGAUCAGAGGACCUCAUCCGCAAACUGUGCAGGAGGAACCCUGCGGAGCGACUGGGCAACCUUAAAAAUGGAAUCACUGACAUCAAGAAGCACAGGUGGUUUAAUGGAUUCAACUGGGAGGGACUAAAGGCGAGAACAUUACCAUCACCACUAAGAAGAGAACUCAGCGGACCGACUGACUACAGUUACUUUGAUAAAUACCCUCCAGAUGAGGACAGUCCUCCUGAUGAGCUGUCUGGUUGGGACAUGGACUUUUGAGUGUUUCUUUGUGGCGACUCUGCUGCUCUCGGUGAUUUCUAAACCCGACUGCAUCAAACACAGAGACAUGCCAGACAGAGAUUGUAACGGCAUUUAAA